AUGUCGUCGGACGCAGCAAUGGCCUUCGAAAUUGUUACACCGUUUAUAAUUGUUGCUGGAAUGGCUGGAAAUGUCAUCGUUUGCUCCUUAAUUAUCAGGAACAAAAAGAUGAGGACUUCUUUCAACUUUCUUCUUCUAAAUUUAGCUGCGUCAGACCUGCUGUGCUCGAUAUUAGGAGCUCUUUACUACGCUAGUGAGAUACGAAACCAUUAUUUCAGCGACGGGAAGUCAAAUCGAGGCGAGAUUGAAGGAGUUGCGUGCAAAGUUGUUACCAUAAGUAUUGGUUUAACUACAAACAGUUCUGUUUUCACCUUAGCUGCUAUUUCAACAGACAGAUUUUUUGCCAUCGUUCACCCAUGGAAACAUAAACUAGCAAUGAUCAAACGAAAAACCCGCAUUGUAAUAGCGGGAAUUUGGCUCUUGGUGCUCGUCACUAGUUUACCCCUGGCUGUUGUCAUGAUAAAGCAGCCAAACAAAGUUCCAAAUUCACAUUUUGUGGGGAACUGUAUAGCACACCUCGUUAACGAAAACAGCUACAAGGCUGCCGCCUUUGUUGAUCUUAUAGCAUGCUAUAUUAUCCCGAUGGCAAUUAUUUUGCGUACUUCGUUUGCUAUCAUUAAACAUUUGUGGUGUGAAAGCUCUUGUCGCGGCUUUGCCCCCGAUCAACUGGAGACUAACAGAGCGCUCUUAAAAUCUCGCAAACGAAUCACAAGGAUCGUACUCAGCGUUAUAAUGGCUUUCAACAUUUUCUGGUUGCCGUGGGCAAUUUUAGAGGGUUCGUUUUUGAUCGGUGCUAUUCACCAUAUCGAUGAGAAAACGUUUGUUGUUGUAUUCACCCUAGUUUUAUCUAGCGCCAGUGUGAAUCCAAUUUUGUAUUCACUUCAAAGUCCGCAAUUUAGACGUGCUGUCAAGAAAAUGUUUGGUUUCUGA